AUGCCUUCGGUGCAACCGUCGGCGCACGAGAGCCUCGUGGUCGACAGUGGUUUGCCAAAAUACUAUGAUGCCGCUGUCGCCAUCCCGUCUCCAGGUUUCGAAACCCUUGCCCGCACGGCUCGGGAAAAUCAUGUCUUUCUCUCACUCGGCAUCAUCGAGAAGGAAGGAGGCACGCCCUAUUACACGGCUUUUCUCUUAGAUAGAGAUGUGACGCUCCUGUACGAGUAUAGAAAGUCACAGUUGAUACCCACGGCGGCUGAACGCCUAAUCUGGGGCCGCGGCUCCGGCGACGGACUCAUCGUCGCCGAUACUGCGAUUGGCAAGGUUGGUGGAUUAAUCUGCUGGGAGAAUUACAUGCCCACUGCUAGGCUAGCGCUGUGUCACAAAGGCAUUGAAAACUCCGUCGGCCCCAACGCCGACGACCUGCCCUCCUGGAUCGCAAAAUGCAGCACAUCGCGAAAGAAGGCCGCUGUUUCGUCAUCGACUCAAAUCAAUUCUGCAAACGACCGCAAACCAGACGGCACGGCUUGGACCGCGAAUGACGGCGGCUCCCGCGUCAUUGGACCGCUGGGAACGUUUCUCGCUGAGCCAGUGUGGGAUAAUGAGGAGAUUGUGUAUGCGGAGUUGAGGAUGGGUGAGCUGACGGAGGCGAAGAUGGAUUUCAGUUUUGAUCCGGUGGGGAGUCAUUCGAGACCUGGUGUCUUUUGGAACUGA